AUGUGGCGCAGUCUGUUGAUUCUACCGUUCGUGGCGCUGGCGGUGGUGGCUGGGGCCUCCAUCAGCAUCGAUCCACGCUGCACCCGCUACAGCCAGGGGAUGACGGCGCAGCUCUACGCUCACCUCCAGGACUGCCGGAAAUUCGUCAUGUGCGAUAUGGGCGGCAACGGGCGGGUUAUGGCGUGUCCGCCAGGUCUGUACUUUGACAACGCCGAGCAUGCGUGCUCAUUCGAAACGGUCGGCUGUACGCAUGGUGAGCUCGAAGAGAAUCCUGGACCGGUCCCGGUCCCACAGCUGCCCAGCGUUCCGUAUGCACCGCCAAAACCUGUGCCCGUGCCCCUGCCAGCACCCGUGUUUGUUCCUUCCAUUCCUGUCAUCGUUCCGCCCGUUGUGCUGGAGCCUCCCAAACCGGGGGUCAGCGAGUCACUCCAGCACCUGCAGAGACAAUGCUGGGGUCAACCGUCGGGAGACGUGUUCUCGGUGAUGGAGGACUGCGGUCUGUACGUGGUGUGCCUUGGCAACAACAACGCCAUCGUUUCACGCUGCCCCAAGGGGCUGCUGUUCGAUUCGAAGCGGCUGAGCUGUGAAUUCUCCGAGAGCGCCAUCUGCUCGACGCCUCGCGCGGACGAGACCGAGGACGCGAAACCGUACGCUAUGCCGGACGCGGACCUGGCCGAGGAAGUGCCCCAACCGCUGGUUGUCGUUCCCGAGGCCGUGGAGCCGCAGAAACCGGUAGCACCGGUAGCACCGGAGUAUGCUUUGCGCAUCCUGGAAAACUAUCCGCCGUGUUUGGCCCGCGGUGACCUUUCGACGACCGCGGAGCUACCGCACGCGGCGGACUGCUCGCUGUAUCUGGUGUGCGUGGGGCGUGUCGCGAUCGAGAAGCGGUGUCCGGGGGGCCAGCACUGGAACGCGGACCGUGGCUGGUGUGACUUUGCGGCCCAGGCCGGUUGCAAGCUGUAA